UUUUUUUUUAUUGUGUUUCAAGAGGAGUUGAAACUGUCAGAUGCAAGCGACAAGUCGGAUAUAAUUCCAACUAGAUUUGCAAAGAUUUCCCCUGUCUCUGCUUUUUGCCUUUUCGUUUCCCUAAAGCAGAUCUCUUUCUCUCUCUGUGAUCUUCCAAUCCCACCAUUCAUUGCCACCGCCCCAUAUAUAUAUACAACACUCUGCCUUUCUUUUUCCGAACGUAUAUUCUUCCGCUCCCAGGCAUUUAUUGUUGCAAUCGAGCUGUGGGAGAUUUCACUGAUAAUUUCGAUACUCAUUUAAGGCAGCUGAGGUGUUUGUGGAAAAGCCCACAAGACGAAAAUGGCUGUUGAAGAUAUCGGGAGCGGUUGCUCUUCAAGCGGUGAUCAAGAAUUCCAUGUUCUUGCUGUGGAUGACAGUAUUAUUGAUCGGAAGGUCAUCGAGCGGUUGCUCAAGAUUUCUUGCUGCAAAGUGACUGCUGUGGACAGUGGGAGUAGAGCUUUGCAGUAUUUGGGGAUAGAUGGGGAUAGAAGCUCUAUUGGAUUUGAUGAGUUGAAGGUGAAUUUGAUUAUCACGGACUAUUCUAUGCCUGGAAUGACUGGAUAUGAACUUCUCAAAAAGAUUAAGGGCUCCACCAAGCUGAGGCAAAUACCGGUAGUUAUCAUGUCAUCUGAGAACAUUUUGGCUCGAAUUGAUAGGUGUUUGGAAGAAGGUGCCGAGGACUUUCUGAUGAAGCCGGUGCAGCUCUCGGAUGUGGAGAGGCUGAGGGAUUUCAUGUUGAGAGGAGGGGAGGAGGAGAGGGAGGUCGGGCGCAAGAGGAAGACGCCCGAUGAUUCUUGCGACUGCCGGCCUCUCAGGAAGCGGCCGACGCUGCUCGCGACCGCCUGCUCCUCGACGUUUCGGGCUCUUGAGGAGCCUGUGAUUGUGCAUGAAAGCUGAGACUGGAGAAAUGUGGAUGCUGAUUUUUGGAUGGUUGGUGCUGCCUCAGAUUUUCUAUUUUUUAACAUUAUUAGGUUCUUAGAAAUUUAGGAAAAUAGGGAUGGGGUGAUUUUCUGGUAAAUAGUUGAAUCUGCAUCUGUUGUGUGUAAGCUGACAGUUGACAAUGGAAGCUUCACUGCUUUUUAGUGUAUUUGGCAGAACUGAAAUUUUUGUAGAUCUCUCUUUAGAAAAGGAGUGUCUAUUUGCAGAA